AUGGGUGGGAAGAACCAGACAUGGAUCAGUGAGUUCUUCUUGCUGGGACUGUCCAGUGACUGGGGGACUCAGGUGUCCCUCUUUGUCCUUUUCCUGACCAUGUACUUGGUAACUGUGGUCGGGAACUCCCUCAUCAUCCUCCUCAUCAGACUUGACAGCAAGCUCCACACUCCCAUGUACUUCUUCCUCAGUGUCCUGUCCUUCGUGGACAUCUGCUACACCAAUAGCACAGUCCCUCAGAUGCUGGUGCACUUCCUGUCAGCCUGCAAGUCCAUCCCUUUCCAUAGCUGCGUGCUCCAGUUUUAUGUCUCCCUGUCCAUGGGUAGCACGGAGUUCUUCCUGCUGGGAGCCAUGGCCUAUGACCGCUAUGUGGCCGUGUGUUACCCUCUGCACUACAUGGUCAUCAUGCAUGGAGGGCUGUGCCUGGGGCUGGCUGUUGGCUGCCUGGCAGCUGGAUUUGCAAACUCACUGAUGCAGACCAUCAGCAUCUUCAAGUUGCCCUUGUGCCAUAAUGUCAUCAAUCAUUUUGCCUGCGAGAUGUUGGCUGUGCUAAGGCUGACCUGUGUGGACAUCUCCUUCAACAAGGUCAUGGUGGCCGUCUCUGGCUUCCUGGUCAUCAUGCUUCCCUGCUUCCUGGUGUUAUUCUCCUAUGGCCGCAUAGUGGCUGCCAUUCUGCGAAUCCGCUCAGCACAGGGACGCCAAAAAGCCUUCCACACAUGUGCCUCUCAUCUCACGGUGGUGGUCCUGUGCUACGGCAUGACCAUUUUCACUUACAUCCGGCCUGGUUCCAGCCCCUCUGUCCUCCAAGAGAAGCUGAUCUCAGUCUUCUAUGCCGUGUUGACACCCAUGCUGAACCCCAUGAUCUACAGCCUGAGGAACAAGGAGGUGAAGGGGGCCUGGCAGAAGCUCUCAGGAGAGUUCUCUGGGCUAAGAUCAAAACUGGCAACUUGA